GGAGAGGCUUGUAGAAGUAUAAUGUAGAAGUGAGACAGGUGAAGGUCAGUCACAGUCUGUCUGGACUCUACAUCAGUAGCAUCUUACACACACAUCUCUGCAUACAGACUGAGACAGCCCGCCAAGCACGAUGACAUCGACUGGUAAAAAAGAACCUCCUCCCUACAUCAUACCAGAUGGUCAGGGUCAGAAGGAUGUGACAGUUUACCACGUCCACACUCCAUUCAACCCUCCGUCCAACUCAGAGAGCGCCUCUAAUUCCACGCCAGUGUUCACCAGCGGCGGAGGAGGCGGCGCUGGUUCAGGUCUCCAAUCUGGAGAUGGCAAAUCUAGGUUUGUGAGCUACGAUGGAGCGCUGGGGCAUUCUGCCGGCAUGACCACCUGCACCUCCUGCCAGCAGCAGGUCAUGACCAACGUCACCUACAAGGCUGGGACAUACGCUUGGCUGAUGUGCUUACUCUUCAUCUGCUGCGGGUUAGUCCUUUGCUGCUGCCUGAUUCCUUUCUUCCUGAAAAGCUGCAAGGAUGCGUACCACACGUGCCCCCGCUGCAACAGAGUGCUCUACGUUGACAAGAAAAAAUGCUGUAAAUGACGAACAUGAGGGCAGAAAUGGAACCAUAAAAAAUAAAAUAUAAUCGCUUGUUAUCUUCCUCUUAUCAGUUCCACCAUUGUUAUGAAACUGACAGAGAAAGGUCGCAGUUAUAGUGUAGCUUAUUUUUAUGGAUGAGCCAUUGUAUUUGCACAAAAACAAUAUAUUAUCAGCAAUAAACUGGGAGUAAUUGUGUUGUCAGAGCUUAAAAGGCACAAUAUGUGAUGUUUUAAAGACUAAUACAAAAGUUAUCCAUCAGAGACACUGCCCUCUGCCUGUAUUUUCUUUUCUUUUUUUUGAUUAGUAAGGGUGUUUUGGGGGUGUGACCCCCAGCCAAUAACAAUGCAGACCUUAGGUAGCCCUCUCAUUGCCAUCCCAACGACUAGUUAGCCUGUCAGCGUGUUAUAUCUACAGGCCCCCAGGAAGGGUAACUUGCUUUGAACCAAAUUGAACACAGUGGCCAAACAGUGAAAGUACGUCUCCCGGCCCGUCAUGUGACGCCCUCUGCCCAAAAAAAGACUUUUUACCCCACAGACUUCAAUGCCGAACAAGGCGUCUCAUUACAUAUUUUACCUUUCAACAUCAUGUGCCCACUUUUUUUUUUUUAAAGCUCUGGCAACUUAAAUCAAGCACUUUCCAUGCCAUUUUGGGAGCUGUUUAAAUUUUGUUCCAUUCCAUCCCAUCAUCUUUUUCUAUCAUCCUUUUCAGAAACUUCUGCAUAAGGUAUAUUGUUAAGAUAAAGGCUUGUAAAUAAACUCUAUCAAAU